AUGAACAGAAAAAGAAACGGCCGAGUUGUCAGCCUUAUGGCUAUGUCAGUGGCACUGAUGUCAUGGGUAGUUCAUGGGAAUGAUCUUGUGUUCAAAUCUGAAGUUGAUCACCUCAGAAAUAUGGAGGAGGAUAUCGGGAGCGCUACAAAGUGUGAUACCACAAAAGUAAAUAUCUCUUGGACACCCAGACAGCUGUCCCCUUCAGGACAAGUGGAGAUAACAUUUUCCUACACUGCACCUCAUGACAUGAAUGGUGGAUUUAUGAACCUCAGUCUGUAUUUCCAUGGAGAACAAGAACCUUUUGUGGGAUACUCAAACAAAUUUUCUUGUGAUGAUAUCAAACCAUAUUCUAUUAAAUGUCCAUUGAGGAAAAAAUUAACAUUUAGCUUUACCAAGAACAUCACCAACCUACACCCCUUAACCAGCUUCCCAGGAGACUACGAUGCCAUCGUGGAUAUCAAGAAUGAGAAGAAUGAGAGCAUGCUGUGCUUGAAUUUCACGCUCAGUAUUAAAGAAAUAUGA